GGGCUAACCAGUCAAGAUUUUUGAAAGAAUUCUUUUGGCCUUCUUAUCACGGCUUAAUUAAUUCAGUCCUUAUGGGUUAUUCAUUUAGAAGCGAAGACCACGGAGAUUAUAAUGUGUGAACGUGGAAUUUAGUGAUCUUGAAUGCUUCCCAUUUUGAUGGCUCUUCAAACCAAAUUAAAUACCUUAAAGUUGGCAAAUGAACAUUCAUAAAAUCUAAACUCAAAACCAUGCACACAGCUCACAACCUUUUCAUGGCUUCCAUCUUUCUGCUUCUAUUUCAGUUUCUCUCUUUAUUUUUCACAGCUUCAGCUCAACCGAGAUACUCCAAUAUAAGCUUAGGAUCUUCCCUCACACCCACCACCAACUCCUCCUGGUUGUCACCUUCCGGUGUUUUUGCCUUUGGAUUCUACCCACAAGCCAAUGACUAUCGUAUUGGUGUUUUUCUUGCCGGAAUUCAGAACAAGACGGUUGUCUGGACUGCCAACCGGGAUGAUCAACCGGUAUCCAGCAACGCUACCUUGCUCUUCACCGAUAAUUCUGGUCUUCUCUUGCGAGCGCAAGGUCGAAACACUUCACUUAUCGUUCCUUCAGAAUCAGCUUCUUCAGCUUCUUUGUCUGAUUUGGGCAAUUUUGUACUCUAUAAUUCUGAUGGAGAUAUAAUAUGGCAGAGUUUUGAUCACCCAACCGAUACCCUUUUGCCAACUCAACGUCUACAAACAAAUGCAAGUCUGUAUUCCGCUGUUUCCCAAACAGAUCACUCAAAUGGAAUUUUCCGUCUUGAGAUGCAAGAGGAUGGAAACCUUGUCCUUUAUGCAGUGACAACAAUUACUGUGACUAAGCAAGAUAGCUAUUGGGCAUCGGAUACAUAUUGGGGAGGGAAUAAUGUGACACUAAAUCUUGAUGAAGAUGGCCAUCUCUACUUGCUCAAUUACACCGGUUUCAACAUAAUUUUGAAUCUUACAGAUGGAGGGUUUCCCACAAAGGAACCGAUUUAUAUUUUGAGAUUGGAUUUUGAUGGGAUACUCAGAUUGUAUUCCUACAAUCUGACACAGAAUGGAACUUGGAAUGUUUUGUGGCGUUCCACAGAUGAUAGGUGCGCUCCCAAGGGAAUGUGUGGUCUGAAUAGCUACUGUGUCUUAAAUGAUCAUGAACCUGAUUGUAAAUGUCUUCCAGGAUUUGAACAUGUUGCUCAGAAUAAUUGGACUGCUGGAUGUGAGAGGAAUAUCUUUGCUGAAACUUGCAGAGGAGAUAAUGGAGACAUCAGAAUUGAAGAAGUUGCCAAUACUGUAUGGGAAGAUAACCCAUAUUCGAAUCUCUCAAUAUCUAUGAAAGAAGAUUGUGAGCAAGCCUGCUUGCAGGAUUGUGACUGUGAUGUUGCAUUUUACAGAAAUGGGCAGUGCAAAAAGCAGAGACUGCCUUUGAGAUAUGGGAAAAGAAAUAUGGAUGACUCAAAUUCAGCUUUGGUCAAGGUGGGCAAAUCUAAAUCUAUAUCCAACCCUACAGAUAGAGUUGAUCCGAUAAAGAAAAAGAUUAAUCAGCUUGGAAGGGGCUUCUUAAUUGCCGGUGUUUCAAUUGUUGCUCUUGGAAUUGUCAUGUUGGCAAUUUCUGGCAUUCUGUUUUAUAGAUCUCGUGCACAGGCAUACAAUGCAAAUGAGAAUAUUUUAUUAUGCGAGGAAUUCGCCCUCCGAUCUUUCACCUUUGCAGAACUAGAGAAAGUAACAGAUGGUUUCAAGGAAGAAAUUGGCAGAGGUUCGUUUGGGACAGUUUACAAAGGUCUAAUAUCGACUACUCAGAAAGCUGUAGCUGUGAAGAGAUUAGAAGGAAUUGUAUCUCAAGGGGAAAAAGAAUUUCAAACUGAAGUGAAGGUUAUCGGGAAAACACAUCACAAGAAUCUAGUACGCCUGCUCGGUUAUGGCAAUGAAGGACCUAACAGGCUCUUGGUAUAUGAGUACAUGAGCAAUGGCUCUCUUGCUGAUGUACUCUCCACCGCUGAAAAAAGACCUUGUUUUGCAGAAAGACUGGAGAUCGCCCGGAACAUUGCGAGGGGUAUCCUAUAUCUACACGAAGAGUGCGAGACACAAAUCAUGCACUGUGAUAUAAAACCAGAGAACAUACUCAUGGAUGAGAACACAUCUCCAAAAAUUUCAGAUUUCGGAUUGGCAAAGCUGCUGAAGCCAAACCAAACGAAAACCUUCACAGGAAUUAGAGGAACGAGAGGAUAUGUCGCACUCGAAUGGCAUCGCAAUCUUCCUGUAACAGUUAAAGCUGACGUUUAUAGUUUUGGAGUUGUGUUAUUGGAGAUCAUAUGUUGUAGAAGGCAUGUGGAUCAUGAUCUUCCAGAGAUGGAAUCCAUUCUUGUGGAUUGGGUUUACAAUUGUUUUGAGGGUGGUGAAAUAGAGAAAUUGGUUAGUGAUGAUGAAGAGGUGGACAUGAAACAAAUGGAUAGGAUGAUUAAAGUAGGGCUUUGGUGCACUCUGGAUGAGCCAUCUAUUCGACCUUCCAUGAAAAAGGUUGUUUUGAUGUUGGAAGGGACAGUAGACAUCCCAAUGCCACCAAGUCCUACUUCUUUUCUUAGUUGCAUUUAAGAUUUGUGUUUUUGUUUUCUGCUCUUCCUUAGUUCUUACUUCUUGUGUUAAUGUUAUAGUUCACUACUUGUAUAAUUGUAUUGCAUUUAUUAGAGUUGUAACAAUGGAAAUUUCAA